UACUGAAAACAAAUAAAGCCAAAGUAUUACUACGCAAUUCCAAUUCAUUACAAGUUUCAUUUUACUGAAACUGAGCGGAGUUCACGAGAAAGACCAUACAAAAUCAAAAUUCGAAGAUCCAAAGUACAGCAUUUCACCAAACAAAGGGACAAUUAUCACUUCUACGAACACGGAAGAAGCGAGAAAUGGCAGAAGAAGUGCGCAACAAACAGGUCAUUCUGAAACACUUUGUCACCAGUGACCUUAAGGAAUCAGACAUGGAAUUCAAAAAUACCACCGUCAAAUUGAAUGUUCCAGAAGGUUGUAAUGCUAUGGUUUUGAAGAAUAUUUUUUUGUCAUGUGACCCUUACAUGCGGUUACGCAUGAAGAAAUUUGAGGGUAGCUAUAUUGAGUCCUUCACUCCAGGCUCUCCUAUCACAGGAUAUGGAGUGGCUAAAGUUUUGGAGUCUGGUGAUUCGAACUUCCAGAAAGGUGACUUAGUUUUGGGAAGGACUGGAUGGGAGGAGUAUAGUAUUGUAACAGCUACUCCGACUCUGUUUAAAAUUCAUGACAAGGAUGUGCCUCUUUCCUACUAUACAGGAAUCCUCGGUAUGCCUGGUCUCACAGCUUAUGCUGGUUUUUACGAGGUUUGCUCUCCUAAGAAGGGAGAAACCGUCUUUGUUUCAGCUGCUUCUGGAGCAGUUGGUCAGCUCGUUGGGCAAUUUGCAAAGAUGUUGGGUUGCUAUGUUGUCGGUAGUGCUGGAAGUAAAGAAAAGGUUGAUCGGUUGAAGAGCACGUUUGGUUUUGAUGAAGCUUUUAACUACAAAGAGGAGCAGGAUUUAGAUGCGGCUUUGAAGAAGUACUUCCCUGAUGGAAUCGACAUCUACUUUGAGAAUGUUGGAGGGAAGAUGCUUGAUGCAGUUCUUCUGAAUAUGAAAAUCCAUGGUCGUAUUGCUGUGUGUGGGAUGAUAUCUCAAUACAACCUUGAGCAGACUGAAGGAGUGCACAACUUGUUCUGUCUCAUCUCAAAACGAAUCCGCAUGGAAGGAUUUCUUGUUCGUGAUUACUAUCAUCUUUACCCUAAGUAUUUGGAAAUGAUCAUUCCGCAAAUCAAGGCUGGUAAGGUUGUGUAUGUGGAAGACGUAGCUGAAGGCCUCGAAAGUGCUCCCAGUGCUCUAGUUGGUCUCUUCUCUGGUCGCAAUAUUGGAAAGCAAGUUGUGAUGGUUUCGCGUGAAUGAUUGUUUAGAUGGUGGUUAAUGUGCAAGUUCUUGUAAAUAAAACUCUGUUGCAGAUUUAGUAGAGUUAUUUGUGUUUGUGGGUGGGGUAUUUCGGGAAAAACCUCUCUAACUUCAUGAGGUAGUGGUAACUGGUAACGUCUUCCUGACCCCACUUGUGGAAUUUCAAUGGCUAUGUUGUUGUAUUUGUGUUAUUGCAUUAGGGAACUUUUCGAUUUCAUGAUUUUGCUUAAUGCAUAUAUAUGUUGUCUGCUUCGAGCAAAAAUA